AUGGACAUGAAAGAAAUGCUUUCGGUGGAGCUACGCCAACGGUCGCCGAAAGACGUCCAGGAACUGGUUCUGGACAACUGUCGAGCCAGCAACGGACGAAUUGAAGGCCUCACAGAAGAGUUCUGCAAUCUGGAGACGCUGAGCCUCAUCAACGUCCGCUUGACCACUUUAGAAGAUAUUCCCAAACUGGACAAAUUGAAAAAGUUGGAGCUGAGCGACAACAGGAUAUCAGGGGGUCUGGAAGUUCUGGCUGAGCGACUGAAGAACUUGACGCAUCUUCAUCUCAGCGGAAACAAGUUUAAAGACAUCAGCACGCUAGAACCACUGAAAAAUCUGCCUCAGCUGAAGAGUUUGGACCUUUUCAACUGCGAGGUGACCAACCUGUUCGACUACAGAGGGUCCAUUUUCAAGUUGCUCCCCAACCUCACCUACCUGGACGGCUUCGACAUAGACGAGAACUGCGAGGCGUCAGACUCCGAGGGCGAGGUGGAUGAUGAUGAAGGUGAGACUUUGUCUUCACUAAGUUGCGACUCGGAAGACUUUGAGGAUGAAGAGGAGGACGACGAAGAAACAGUCGCGGCAGUAGAUGAUGACGAUGAAGAUGACGAUAGCGGCGACGAUGAGGACGGCGAUGUCGACAGUGAAGACGACUUGGAUGAUGAAGAUGAUGACGACGAGGAUGAGGACGACUGCUCGUCUCCGGCCGCCAAAGGAACGAAGAGGAAGAGGGACCCCGACGACAAAGAUGAAGAAGACGAUUAA